CUUAAAACAUAAUAGAUGGAGAUCAGCAGCGUGGCAGCAGGAGCUAAUGUUGGUUGUGAUAAGGCAUAUACCACCAUCAACAAUGCUGCAAUUGCAGUCACCACCACCACUGCUGCCACCACCAUCAGUGCUGCUAAUGCCACCACCACCAAGUCUGCUUCUGCCACUGCCAUCACCAUUGCCACCGCCACUACCAAGACCACUCCUGACACAAAGCCCCCAAGUCCUCAACUGACCGGAUAUUGCAGCUGGAGAAGGAUAGACCAGGAACUUCAAAGCCAGGGCUUGCCGGUCUCCUACAAUAAGAAAAUUGCCAAGGGCCCAUCUAAAGAACUUCUAGCAGAAUAUUUGUCCACAGUUGUAGAAAUGCAGAGACUAACAAACUACCACAGGUGAGGCUUUGUCCACAGUUCCAGAAAAUCAAUGACUGAAGGGUUUGGAGAGCCAGAUAAAGAGCCUAGAAAUGUGAUUUAACAGUACUUCAAUCACAUGAUCAGUAGCAGGAGCAAAAACAGCAGCAAACACACGGGAGAUGUAACGACUACAUUGACCAACAACUACAGCAGCUUCCCACAAUUUCU